CUGACUUCCCAACUCCUCCUCCUGAGUCCCAACCUCCUCCUUCUGACUCCCCACCUCCUGCCUCUCCCCUGCUUCUCCCCUCCGCCCUGCUCCUCCCCAUCAUGGAGGAGGUUCUCCGGCGGCUCCGGACCGACGCGUCGGGCCACCGACACAAAGCGCUGCGCGACGCGUGCGACUUGGCCCGCGGUGUGCUGGACCCUCACCACGGACCAUCAAACAGGUCUCAGCUACGCCGGGUCUGUCUGCUCCCCCUCCGCUUGGCCCUGGAGUCCAGAAACACCAAACUGGGACAGACGGCGCUCUGUGGACUACAGAGGGUGCUGUGUGAGGAGCGUCUGGUGGGGGAGGGGGGGGAGGGGGGGGAGGAGCUGCUGCAGCAGAUGUUGGAGGUCGUCCGCGGAACCCCGUCACUCCACGAAGACCUGCAGGUGGAGGUCAUGAAGGUUCUGCUGUGCAUCACCUACUCUGCGCCCUUUGACCUCAGCGGAGCCGCCAUCUUGAAGAUUGCUGAGUUGUGCGUGAGGACCUUUGUGUCCAGUGGUCAUCAGAAGAGUGUCAACACGGCAGUGAGAGCAACGCUGAGCCAGAUACUGGGAGACCUGGCAUUACACACACACACACAGGAAUCAGACGGUGAUGAUGUCAUCAUUCCACCACAGCAGAGAAAAGCCUUGUCUCCUAGCGACCAGCGGCGGUAUGCAGACCUCGUCUCUGUGCUCUCGUCGUUCUGCGAGCGGCUGGAGGCCGUCCACAGUGAUAAUCAGCUCCUCCAGCUGCUCUACCUGGAGUCCAUCCUCUCCAUGCUGAGCAGCUCCCCACCCACAAUUCACCUCUCCAGAGGAUUCACUGACCUCAUGUGGAAGCAGCUGUGUCCCACCCUGGUCGUGCUCAUGGGAAACCCAGACAAAACCAUCACUUCACACCACGGCCACACGGGGGCGCCAGACGGCCUCAGACCGGCUCCAGGUGUGGGUCCGGAGGGCCGGGGGUCGGGCUGCUCCUCCUCCCCCCCCUCCAGGAGCCCUGCGGUGGUGCGGACCGUGUGCUACCUGGCGGCCGAGCUGGUCCGCCUGCUGGGGGGCGAGGAGGCCAUGAGGCCCGUGCUGCAGGCCCUGUUCCACCGCCUCCUGCUGUACCCGCCCCCUCAGCACCGCGCCCACGCCAUCCACGUCAUGAAGGAGAUCCUGGGCUGUCCCCAGCGUGUGUUCGACCUCGCUGGUCCCUGCUGCUCCGUGGAGCCUGACAGGAAGCGGGGGUUCAGCAACAGGAAGUCCCACCUGGACCUGGACCUGGACCUGGACCUGGACCUGGAACUGGACCUGGACCUGGACCUGGACCUGCUCCGGCUGUUGAUGGACGGAGUGAGGGAGGCGUGUGUUAACGGAGGCGUGGAAGCGUGUUACUCCUCUGUCGCCUGCUCCUGCUCCCUCCUCCACUCUCUGCACCUCCUCUCCCAGGGCCAGGGGCUCCAACCUGACCAGGUGCGUCUGAUCCUCGGGCGGCUGGAGGAUCUGAAGGAAGGGGCGGAGUCUAAGAGGGAGCUGAUGGAGGCGGACCAGAGGCGGGUUCUAUCUUCUGAGCAUGCUCCGUGGGAGCCCUCGGAGCGCAGCCCUGACGUCAGCAUCAGCAUCACCACGGAAACGGGCCAGACCAGGCUGGAGCUGGAGGGGAUUGAGCUGGGCUGCCCCAGCCCUGAGGAGCCCCGCCUCCCCUCUCCCCUCGCCGGCGGCCGAUUGGAUGAGAGCAGGCGGGAGGGGGAGCCUGCCGGGGGCGGGGCUAGGGAGGCGGGGGGAAGGGUCUGGAGGGUGGUGCCACCUGACGUGGUUCAGCGAGGCCACGCCCUCGUCUACCCUGACAUCACCAACUUCCUGUCUGUGGAGUCCAGGGGGCGAGGUCAUCACGGGGUCAACUCCCGCUACAGCGAGAGCAACUUCAGUGUGGAGGAGCAGGAGGGCUCGAGGUUGGAGAUGGAGUCAUGUGACCAGUACUCCAUGGCAGCAGAGAAGGACUCUGGCCGCUCUGACGUGUCUGACAUGGGCUCAGACAGCGUCUCAUUGGCUGACGACGACCAGGACACGCCCCCCGGGGGCCAGGCCCACCGCACGCUGCGCUCUGCAGCCCUGUCACUCAAACUCCUCCACGACCAGGAGGCGGACCAGCACAGCGCCCGGCUCUUCGUCCAAUCGCUGGCCACCCUGAUGCCCCGCCUCCUGGCCUUAAGAGACCCCUCCCAACUGGACCUCCUCCUGCAGAACUCCUCCUCCUCCUUCUGCUCUGGAUUACAAGCUGGCGGGGUCGGUUCUCCGGGCUUCGAGGGGGGCGACGGUCUGACCUGUCGGUCGCUGAUGAACGCAGACGGUCUGUACCUGGUGUCGUACUACGCUCUGCUGCUCAACCUGAAGCUCUGCUGCUGUGAUCACUACCUCCACCCCUCCACCCUGCCGGCCGCCCUGGGCCAGAAGGAGUUUGUGCAUGCGGUCCAGGCCAGUGGGGUGCUGGUGCUGCUGUCCCCAGUCUGGAUUGAGGAGCUUUACCAGCAGGUUCUGCUGAGGAACCUCCUGGGAGACGCCGGCUACCAGAACCAGCACACCGCCACGCUAGUUAGCAUGCUAACAGACAUCGACGGGUUGGGGAGCAGCGCUAUUGGAGCUCAGAUGAGGAACUCCGGCCAAUCAGCAUCCAGCUGUAACCAGCAGACCAGCAGUGAGGCUGUCCUGGCAGGGCGUGUGUUCUCCCGCUCCGUCCUGGCCGCGGUGUGGGGGUCCCUGAUGGAGGUCCUGUCGGCGUGUCUGACAGGGGCCGGGGGUCGUGGGGUGGUCGGGGGUCGUGGGGGGGUCGGGGGUCAGAGCCAGAGAGAGAGAGACACCAUCUGCCUGAGCCUGGACGGCCUGCGCCAGGCCGCCGCCCUCAGCUGUUCCCUCGGUGUGGCCGCUCAUUGUGAGUCCGCUCUUGCCCAGAUGGCCGCAGCGUCCUGCGUUCAGGAAGACCGAGAGACAGCGGACCCCAACACACCCGUGAGACAGCAGGGCCUCCAUGUGUCUCAUGUCCUCUGUAUGGACGCCGUGCUCAGCGUGGGGCUGGAGAUGAGCAGCCACAACCCAGACUGCUGGACACACCUGCUCAGGGUGAGUGAGUACAUCAGCUCACUGGAACACGUCCACUUCAGUGACGUCUCGUCUCGGCCGUGUCUGACCCCCGUCACCCAGCAGGCCUCCCCCGUCUGCCUGGGGCUGGAUUUGAGCUGUGAGCCCAGGGCAGAGUCAUCUGAGCUGGGCCUGAGCCAGCCGGUCAUCCAGCCCGUGUCCAUCCAGGAGCUGCUGCAGGAGCAGGCCCGGGGGGGCAGGGCCCGGCGGUUGGAGCUAACAGAAGGUAGCAUGCUAACUGGACCUAGCGCAGCCCAAGCCGUCCUCACACUCUCCACCCAGGCGGACAGGCUGUUCGAGGACUGCUCCGCCUCCCUGAAGCUGGAGGCUCUGGUCAGCUUCCUCUGUCAGCUCCGGAGAGCGUCUCAGAGGCAGAUCUUCACCUCCGUCAGCAGCACCACCCACUACACCCUGGCCAUGCCUGGUGAGUCCAGGUGUGGGCUGGACAGAUGUGUUUCCCUCCACCUGGUCCGACUGGGCGAGGCCGCGCUGCGAUUGGCUCGGGACCGGACACGCCCCCUCCUCCAUCUCAUGAGGACCUGGAGCGUGGUGGCGCCCCACCUGGUGGAGGCAGCCUGUCACAGGGAGCGCCAUAUCUCCCAGAAGGCCAUCUGUUUCCUCCACGACCUGCUGAUGGAGGUUCUGAGCAGCUGGGCGGAGCCUCCACACUUCCACUUCAACGAGGCGCUGUUCACCGCCUUCCAGCACGUCCUGCAGCUGGGGCGCUGCGACGAGGACGCCCAGGACCAGGUGGUGUCGUCUCUGGGCCAGCUGGUGGAGGCCUGCUCCCCUCAGAUCCUCUCAGGGUGGAGACCUCUGUUCAGCGCCCUGCGCACCCUACACACACACCAGGCAGAGCGCACACUGGGGGGGCCCCGGGCCCCUGUGCUGGACGUGUUCGAGGCGUUCGUCUCCACGGAGAGCAGCCAGGUGUUCGCCAGCGCCGCCUCAGACUACAUCAUGUGUCUCAUCAGGCUCAUCAAAGGACUGGGAGAGGAGAUAGGGGACUGUGUUCUGAGCCCCCCCUCCAGCUCCACAGACCUCUGCCUCCCGGCCCUCGACUACCUGCACAGGUGCUCCCAGCUCCUGGCUAAGAUCUACCAGAUGGCCACCAAGCCGGUGUUCCUAGGGGCGCGGCCGACUGGCCUGCAGGACCGCCCCCUCAGCAGCGAGGACCGCCCCCCCAGCAGCCAGGACCGCCCCCCCAGCAGCCAGGACCGCCCCCCCAGCAGCCAGGACCGCCCCCUCCACAGCCAGGACCGCCCCCCCAGCAGGGAGGACCGCCCCCCCAGCAGGGACGACGGGCUGGACUCUGUGCUGCAGGAGGUGGACGACGGAACAGGUUUGAUCCAGGUGUGGAUCCUGUUAUUGGAACAGCUGACUGCAGCCGUGUCCAACUGUCCUCGACAACACCAGGCCCCCACUCUGCAACUCCUCUUCACCCUCCUGAGGGAACUCACCUGUGUACCAGGUCCGGGCUUCGCGGUCUUGGCCGUGGUACAGCUGCUGCUUCCUGUGAUGACGCUGUGGCUGCAGCGUAGCCAUGGCGACCACACCUACUGGGACGCGGCCGGUGGCAACUUCAAACACGCCAUCGGCCUAUCAUGCGAGCUGGUGGUGGAUCACCUGACCAGCCUCAGCCAAUCAGGCCAUGAGUCUCUGAUGAACGUCAUGCUGAAGGACCUGCUGACCCUGCUGGUCUCCUGCGUCUCCGAGCCUGCAGAGACCAUCUCACGGGUGGGCUGCUCCUGCAUCAGGUACGUGGUGGUGAGUGGCGCUCCGAUCUUCACCGAGGAGAUGUGGAGGCUGGCAUGUUGCGCCCUGCAAGACGCCUUCUCAGUCACACUUGAGCCUGUCAAGAAGCUGCUGCUGUGCUUCAGGACGGACGGCGCCUCCGGAGACGCCUGCGAUGUGAAGGUCGCCGCGCCGACGCACUCCGCCUCCGCCGAGGCCGAGUACUGGAGGAUCAGAGCCAUGGCCCAGCAGGUGUUUCUGCUGGACUCUCAGUGCUCUCCUAAAACGCCCAAUCACAAGGAGGGCUUUGAGCACGCUCAGUCCUGCGUCCUCAUCAUCGAGCUCCCUGCUGACGGACUCACUCAGAGAAGGGUUCCAUUCAGAGACAUCGUGGUGAGCCUGCUGUCCCACCAGGUCCUCCUCCAGAACCUCCACGACAUCCUCCUGGAGGAGGGGGCUCCCCCCAGGGCCCCUCCUGGGACCCCCGGCUCCCGGCGGCCCGUGGGCUUCCUCCACCACCUCUCCAUGAGCAACCUGGCCACCAUCCUCGACCUGCUGAGGGAGUCCUACAAGACUGCGCGGGACUUUGACGCGCGGCCGGGUCUGAAGUACCUCCUCAUGAAGGUGUCUGGGGUCUGCGGCGCGGCCAACCUCUACCGCCAGUCGGCCAUGAGCUUCAACCUCUACUUCCAGACGCUGCUGUGCGCCCUGCUCAGCCAGGCCGACGGCAUGACCGCGCAACAGGUGAAGAAGAUGGUGUUUGAGGAAGAGGAGGUCACCUCUGAUUCCUCUCAGCCAGGAUCUGAUUCCUCUGAGGAUGAAGACAUCUUUGAAGAGACGGCACAGGUGAGCCCCCCGCGGGGGCGUGUCCGGCGGCCGGCCUGGUCUCCCCCCCGGCCCGCUCCCUCCCCCAGUGAGGGGGCGGGGGGGCCGGAGUGGGCGUGGCUUGUGCGCAGGCUGCAGCGGCUGUGUGUGGAGCUCAGCAGCAGCUACACACACAUCCACCAGGAGCAGGAGGGAGGAGGAGGCGCGGAGACCCGGGGAGGAGUCAUGCUCCUCCCUCUCUUCCCCUCGGAGACCUCCACCCCCACCUCCUGCAGGAGCACGCCCCUAGAGGAGGCGGGGCUUAGGGGACAGGGGGCGGAGCUAACUAGCAGCUCCCCAGGAGAGACCACACCCACUCCCAGCCCAGGAGUCAGCUCGGCGGUUCUCCCCCUGGCUGGGGGGUCGGAGGCCAGGCUCCCUGGGGGGGAAGCGGAGGGGAGGAGGGAGUGGUGGGAGAGUCUGGGGGGUGAACGCAGUCUGAGCCGUCUGCUGCAGGGCUACAAGCUGAGGAGGCAGAGCCAGAGCCAGAGCCAGAGCCACAGCCAGCAGGGCCGGCUCAACCUCUUCAUGGCGGCCCCGGAGCGGCGGGCCCCCCCAGACCCCGCCCCCCUCAGACACUCUAUGAGCGUGGGUUCCGAGGGCCUGAGGCCGGAGAGGUCCCGGUCGGGGUCCACGGCCAGCGGCUCCAGCAGCACCCUGAGGGACCAGCAGGCCCAGACCCAGGCGUGGACCAACAUGGUGCUGGCGGUCCUCAGCCAGGUCCUCCUGCUGGGGGACUCCUCCUUCGUGGCGCUGCAGCCCCUCUUCUACCCCGUCUUCAGCCGGCUGACCGGCCGCGCCCAGGACCCCCACCUCCGCGCCGCGCUGCAGGCCUGGCUGCUGCGCCUGGGGACGCUCUACGACAUCACCCCCUGAUGACAUCACCACCCCGCCUG